AUGGUCACCAAGUCAGGAUUUGGAAAAAGCUCCAAGCGGGUUCCCGUUCGCUUGCGGCACAAAAUCGAAAAGGCUUCUGUUGCGAAGCAGAGGAAGCAGAAGAAGCUUGCUAAGAAGAACCCCGAAUGGCGGUCUAAGCUCAAGAAGGACCCCGGCAUUCCCAGCCUAUUCCCCUUCAAGGACAAGCUGCUCCAUGACAUCGAGGAGAAGAAGCGCUUGAAGGCCGAGGAGCAACAGCGCAUUCGCGAAGAGGCUCGGGCCCGCAAGAUCGAGGCCAAGAAAGCCCAGGGUGGCGAGCAAGCGGCCGCGGAUAUUGAUCUGGAUGACGAUGAUAUGCUGGACGACGAGAUGGUGGGUGGUGGUGAUGACUCAAACCCCAUGGCAGCACUUCUCGCCUCUGCGCGGGCCCGUGCUACGGAAUACGACGAGGAGAACGAAGACGAGGAUGAGAUGGAAGAGGACGACGACGACGAUGAGAUGGAUGAGGACGAUGAGGAGGGCGGUGUCUCGUUCGACGCUGCGCCUGCUCUGGUCGACGCACAGAACCCCGUGAAGGAGAGCUCACGGCGCCAAUUUGACAAGGUCUUCAAGUCUGUUACUGACGCUGCCGAUGUGGUGCUGUACGUGCUCGACGCCCGUGACCCCGAAGGCACUCGCUCGAAGGAGGUCGAGCGUGAGAUUAUGGCUGCCGACGGUGGCUCUAAGCGCUUGAUCCUCAUUCUCAAUAAGAUUGAUCUCGUUCCUCCUCCCGUUCUCAAGGCCUGGCUGGUGCACCUGCGACGAUACUUCCCUACCCUCCCGCUCAAGGCCUCGAACGGCAGCGGCAACGCCCACAGCUUCGACCACAAGCAAUUGACUGUCAAGGGUACUUCCGAGACCCUGUUCCGUGCUCUCAAGUCCUACGCCCACAGCAAGAACUUGCAACGCUCCAUCUCCGUCGGUGUCAUCGGUUACCCUAACGUCGGCAAGUCGUCCGUCAUCAACGCCCUGACUGCCCGUCUCAACAAGGGUUCCAGCAACGCCUGCCCGACCGGCGCUGAGGCCGGUGUCACUACCAACAUGCGCUCCGUCAAGCUCGACAACAAGCUGAAGCUGAUCGACUCGCCCGGUAUCGUCUUCCCUAGCGCCAAUGGCAAGACCGGCAAGAAAUCCAAGGAGAACGAGCAGGCCCGCCUGGUCCUGCUGAACGCCAUCCCGCCCAAGCAGAUCGAGGACCCCAUCCCCGCAGUCAACCUUCUGAUCAAGCGUCUAUCAUCCUCGGAGAACUUGAUCUCCAAGAUGCUCGAAGUCUACGGCAUCCAAACCCUCUUCCCCACCAACGGCGACAAGACCACCGACUUCUUGAUCCAGGUUGCCCGUAAGCGCGGUCGUCUUGGAAAGGGCGGUAUCCCCAACAUCGAGAGCGCCGCCAUGACCGUCAUCAACGACUGGAGAGAUGGUCGCAUCCAGGGUUGGGCCAACGCCCCUGCUCUGCCUGUCAUUGCUGCCGCCGAUGCCGCGACCACCGCCCCCGGAUCUGGAGUUGAUACUACCCAGGUUGUUACGGAGUGGGCGAAGGAAUUCAAGAUCGAGGGUCUCUGGGGCAAUGGCGAGGGUGAUGAUGAUGAUGCGAUGGCUGAGUAA